AUGAUUAAAUUUUUAAGAAGAUAUUAUUUCUUUUCCACUUUUCAAAAACAAAUACAACGAGAAAUCCUUUCAAAAAAGACUCCUUAUGGCAAUGUAACUGAAAAAAUAAUAAGCUUAGCCGGUUAAGAAUUACACAAAAAACCAAACCAUCCAUUAGGAAUAAUGAGAUAUAAGCUAUAAAGUUUUUUUGAAGAUAAAUAAAUCCCUAAAGGAUUAUUAUAAAAAAAUUAACAUACAAAUUAUUUAGUAGGAGAUUCAUUUUCCCCCUUAAUUAGCGUUUAAAAGAAUUUCGAAGACUUAUUGAUUCCAAAAGACCAUGUUUCAAGAAAAAGAUCAGAUACAUAUUACGUUUCGGAAGAUUUAAUAAUGAGACCAUAAGCCACAGCCAAUGAACGUGAUAUGUUUGAAUAAAAAUAAAACGCGUUUAUUAUUUUUACUGAUUGUUUCCGAAGAGAUGAAAUAGAUGCUACUCAUUAUCCCGUAUUUCAUUAGAUGGAGGCUGUCCGUAUUUUUCAAGAAGAAGAUUUUUCCUCUAAUACACCUUAGGAUACUAAAAUAUAAUUAGUGAUGUAGGAUUUAUAAUAAACAUACGAAUCUUUAAUAAAAUUUAUUUUUGGGUAGGAUAUAUAAUGUCGAUGGAUUCCUGCAUAUUUUCCAUUUACGGAACCUUCUAUGGAAUUGGAAAUUUUCUAUAAUAAUUAAUGGAUGGAAAUGUUAGGUUGUGGAAUUUUAAGGCCUUAGAUAUUGUAAAAUUUUGGAAGGAAAAAUUCCGAUAUUGCAUGGGCUUCAGGUUGCGGUUUAGAAAGAUUUGCAAUGCUAUUAUUUGAUAUUCCUGAUAUUAGGCUCUUUUGGAGUCAAGAUUAAAGAUUUUUGAAUUAAUUUUAGGCAGGAUAGAUACAUAAAUUUAUACCUUUCAGUAAAUAUCCUUUAUGCUAUAAAGAUGUUUCUUUUUGGGUUAAUAAGAGUUAAUGUUUUGAAGAAAACGAUUUACACGAGAUUUGUAGGGAAUUAGGGGGAGAUCUUAUUGAAUCAGUGGUUUGUUAAGAUACUUUUAUUAAUAAAAAAAUUAAUAGGACAAGUAAAUGUUAUAGAGUUAGCUAUAGAUCGUUAGAAAGAACUUUAACUAAUCAAGAAGUAUUUUUUAAUAUUUUUAUUUAUUUAAUUUGUUUUAUUUUUUAGAUUGAUUCAAUAUAAUUUUAAAUUAGGGAUUAAAUUUAGUCUAAAUUAGGUUUUGAGUUAAGAUGA